GAUCAGAAGGGCGAAUACAACCAAAUCCGCGGCUGCGGAUGACGAUUAUAUACACUAUAACACGCUUUCACAAUUCAGAUUCUCUCUCUCCUGCGCUCUGAGACCUCUGCCUCUUUCGAUUGUUUCAACUUUCAAGCAGGUGAGCUUCAUAUCUCUUCCUAUGUGUGUUUCUUCGUGCGAUGGAGUCUCUGCAUGAGCCGAUCCGGGUUUACAGAUGCAGACUGCGCACGAAGAGCCCUGAAUUUGUGCUUGUGUUUUUCGAGGGCUUCUGAUCGCCGCGAUUGUAGUUUGCGUGUGCCGCUCUGGUUUGUCGGAAAAAUGAUUAAGCUAUUUAAAGUGAAGGAAAAGCAGAGGGAAAUUGCGGAAAAUGCCAAUGGAAAAGCACCUGUCAAGAAGCAGAGUGCGGGAGAAUUACGACUUCAUAAAGAUAUCAGUGAACUGAAUCUACCCAAAACUUGUUGCAUAUCAUUUCCCAAUGGCAAGGAUGACCUGAUGAGCUUUGAGGUUACCAUUCGGCCUGAUGAAGGAUACUAUUUAGGUGGUACAUUCGUGUUCUCUUUCCAAGUUUCUCCCAUCUAUCCUCACGAGGCACCAAAAGUCAAGUGCAAGACAAAGGUCUACCAUCCUAACAUUGACUUGGAAGGAAACGUCUGCCUCAACAUCCUAAGAGAGGACUGGAAACCUGUUCUUAAUAUAAACACUAUAAUUUAUGGAUUGUUUCAUCUUUUCACGCAACCCAAUUACGAAGAUCCGCUCAAUCAUGAUGCUGCUGCUGUGUUGAGGGAUAACCCAAAGAUGUUUGAAUCGAAUGUGAGAAGGGCGAUGGCUGGUGGGUAUGUGGGGCAGACCUUCUUCCCACGGUGCAUGUAGCAGCUGCCUGCAUUUCCAAGCACCAAAUUCUGGUUGGAAGGCUAAAGGGCCUGUAAAUUUGGUCUCGGGCAUCCUUCCCAGUGCGCAACUGUGGUUCUUCACAACCAUGCAAGUGGCACUGGACUAUGUUUGUACGCUGGUGUAACGUUGUCAUGUGUUUGCAAUAUCAUCUGGGACUUUUUUCCUUUUUAUUCUGAUGUGGAACAAUUGAGGAUCUUGUCUAUGUAUUUAUUUAUUUAAUUUACCUUUUUUUUU